AUGACGGUUGAUAUUUUUUAGUUGGUUGGUUAAGUGUCUACAUUAAUGUCACUGCAUUUUUCUUUUUAAUUUUAAAUCGAUAAUCAAUAUUCAAUGUUUAAUAGUACUUAACGAACAACUACAAACAACAGUCUGUUAAAUUUAAAUGAAAAUUAAUUGGUAAUCCAAAACUUCAAGUGUGCAGUGAUGACAGGUGGUGCAAUGUCGUCAGACUUAAUCUCUUGGGUCAGUUUUUAUUGACAAGAACAAAUACACGUUAGAUCGGAGUAGAAGAAAAAUACUCCGGUCGUUAAUUUUAAAAAAAUCUGUCUGUGAUGAGCGACUCAGAACAACGGCAGCUCCACGUGCCUUAUCGAGAGUACCAAAGCCAGAAUAGCACUAGUUCAUCAGCAGCAGUGGUGGAAACUGAUGCUUUGGUGGAUCUCUCAACACCAUCGCUAUUGCAAUUACAAUCUGUUAAGCCUUCUCUUAUCCUUCAGUGCAACGAAGAUUUGGCCGAACUUUUGCCUGAAGUUGAAUUUGCUCCAAACUCUAGCAACGACAUCAACGUAACCAUUGAUUCUCCAGGAAUCGACCGGGAGAGCCAGCCUCUCCUUGGUCGUCUUGAACUGGAUGUUACAUUUAAUAGAUUUCCAGACGAUCCACAAUUCUCUGAAAUUGUAUGGCAAGCAGAGUGUGCGAUAGACAAUGGUAUUUUUCCAGAGAGAAUUUAUCAAGGCUCCAGUGGGAGUUAUUUUGUUAAAAAUCCUUCAGGGAAAAUAGUCGGUGUAUUUAAACCUAAAGACGAAGAGCCAUAUGGAAGACUGAACCCCAAAUGGACUAAAUGGAUGCAUAAAUUAUGCUGCCCAUGUUGUUUUGGCCGCAGUUGUUUAAUUCCAAAUCAGGGCUACCUUAGCGAAGCUGGUGCAAGUUUGGUAGACCGUAAAUUGGGACUAGGUGUAGUUCCAAAAACUCGGGUUGUGAAACUUGUUAGUAAAACAUUCAAUUAUCCAAGAAUUGACAGACAAAAAGCGCGAAUGAAGCAAGCUAUAAUGGACCAAUUUCCUGCGGUUGGCUCACAAUUUAAACGACUUGGAUUAGCACCUAAAGUUGGAUCGUUUCAAUUGUUCAUGGACGGAUAUAAAGAUGCGGAUUAUUGGCUUAGAAGAUGGGAGAGUGAUCCACUUCCCACUAAACUCGCAAGAGAUUUUCAACUACAGUUUGAACGACUUGUUAUUCUUGAUUACAUCAUAAGAAAUACAGAUCGAGGGAAUGAUAACUGGUUAAUAAAAUAUGAUCCAGAGUUAGCAAAAAGUUCUCCAGAAAAUGGUGAAGUAAAAAUUGCUGCAAUAGAUAAUGGUUUAGCAUUCCCUUUUAAACAUCCAGACUCUUGGAGGGCAUAUCCAUAUCAUUGGGCAUGGCUAAGUCAAGCAAAACUUCCCUUUAGUGAAAUCACUCGAGAACUUGUUUUACCUCAAUUAUCAGAUCAAAAUUUUGUACAAGACCUCUGUGAUGAUUUAUAUCAAUUAUUCAAGCAAGACAGAGGAUUUGAUAGACAUAACUUCGACAGACAAAUGAGUGUUAUGAGAGGACAAAUUUUGAACCUUCAACAAGCACUUAAAGAUUCUAAGAGUCCAGUUCAAUUGGUACAAAUGCCCGCUGUGAUUGUUGAAAAAGCCAAAGGGAAUGGAGCACCAAAAUUAUUCUCAUUCUCGGAUACAUUUACACAGCGCUUCCAAAAUAAAAGUCCUUUCUUUUCCUGGUGUUAAGAGAGAUUUUAAUCAUAAAGUAACGAAAAGAAAACUAUAAAUCUAAAUAAAUUGAUGAAUUUUUAUAAAAGUUCUUAGAAGACAUGUUCUCUUCCAGACCAUCAUUAGUGAUUUUUCGGCUCGAAUAUUUUUCCUACUCAUUGUAUUUAUAACAGUCAUUGGAAAUUUUUAUUAUUUUAAAUUGAGAUACAAAUAUUAUGGCUAUUAAUAAUAUUGUAAUUAUAAUUAUUAUCAUUGUUAUCAUUAUGAUUACUUUUAUUUUAUUGUAUACAGUAUAAAUAUAACACAUAUAAGGUAUUUGUAUACUUCAUAGAUCACUAAUAGAUUUAUAAUACAAAGAAUAAAAUAGGUAACGUAUAUUUCAUAGUAUAAAAUUGAUAAAAAAAUAAAUUUCCAUUUUAUUUAAAUUUAUUUCUGUGUUUGGAGUGCAUGCGCACGGUAGAUAAACACUAAUAGAUUUUGAAGUUAAUAUUUACGUUUGCUAUUUUAUUUAAUAUAAUAAUAUGAAUUCUGCCAUAGUAUUUUAUUGUGAUUUAUGAGAAUAUAUUUGAAAACUUAA